GUGAAUUAUUUCUAAAUGUUUGGUAAAGGUUUGUCUGGACUUUUUUGCUUUGUUCUGCCACUAUUAGUAUUCUUCAUUGCACUUUUUGUACAAGAAGAAAGGACUGAGAUUGACCCUGAUCUAAACCUUGAUACUAAUGAGCAACCAAUCAUACUAUUCUGGACUCUAUUUAGCAGAGCAAAGUGGCCUAUUGAUGAAGGCAAGCGUCAUUGUGGUGAACACAGUUGCUACUUCACUUCAAACAAGAAGCUGUUUUCUAACAGCAGUGCAGUCAUAUUUAGUAAAUGUGCAUGGGGUUUUCUGACUGACGUACUUAAUGCAGUUAAUCUUAAGCGACCCGAAAAGCAACGCUGGAUCCUUGUAAGUGGCGAGUCUCCAGUGAAUCGUCCAAUUUAUCAUUUUUUGAGGAACUAUCCAAUUUUCAAUUGGUCAAUCUCUUAUAGAACUGACUCUGAUGUCAAAGGUGUCUAUGGAUAUACAUUUCCUGGGAAAUUUCAAGAUGGCUUUGAUCCUUACAAGAACUAUCUUAAAGGAAAGACAAUUGAAGUCAGUGCACUGAUCAGCCAUUGUGUGUAUGAUAGAUUGAAAGCAGUGAGGAGUCUAAUGAAAUACAUUGAUGUUAACCUAAUGGGAGCUUGUACUGGCAAGAGGUUGUCUGUUACUGAGAGUCAUUUGCAAAUUCAGAGCUCAAAAUUUUACUUAUCAUUUGAGAACUCAUUAUGUGAAGAUUAUGUGACUGAGAAAACUUAUAGGAAUGCAUAUACAAAUGAAGCUGUUCCAGUCAUACUAUCAGGAGCUAAUCUGUCUAACCCACUAAUAGUACCACCAGGAUCAUACAUUGAUGCAAGCAAAUUUAAAACUGCUAAAGAACUGGCUGAUUAUUUAAAGUAUGUUGGGGAGAGUGAAGUGUUAUACAAUAAGUUUUUUGAAUGGAGAGCUAGUUGGAAUAUUAACACGACAAAUUGGGAUGUAUUGUGUAAACUCUGUGACAAGAUACACGAAAGCAGUCCAGCAGAAACAAAAGUUUACGCUGAUCUCAGUGGCCUAUACAGCAAGGAGAGAGAAUGCAAACCUUAUAUUAGAUGGAAUUAAUUUUUUAUUUUUCAUUAUUAUCAUUUGGUGGGAGGUGUGGCUGAGUUUGAGCCACACCUAUUUGACUAAAAUGAAGUUUAUGGAGAA